ACUAAUAACACAAGUAGAACAAAAAGAAAAAAACAACACAUUUCUUAAAUCGAAUUACAAUUAAAAUUGUUGCUAAGAUACUGAUCUCAUAACAACAAAAUUUAUGUGACACAACUACUAUAAUUGAAAAUACUAUUUAAAUGCACACUUAAACUUUUUUUAAUGUUUCGGCUAAAAAAUGUACAUAGUGGUAAAUAACGACUAAAUCUGACUAAUCUGUAGAAAUUGCCCACAUAAUUAACACCUUGAACGCCAUGGGGGACAAGGUAUGGGCCACGCUAGUGGAGGAUUUGCCCUCAUCAGUUUUCUGUCGGCAGUCAAAGCCUUAAUAUUAGAGCCGGUGGCAUUGUCUUUAUAAAUACCAAUAGAAUAAUUUUUAAUAAUAAUUCAAGUACCUAUAAAUAAUAACAAAUAACAACUUUGGUAAUAAAAUAAAGUUUCAGUAACAUGUGAAAUUGUUCCCAAAGAAGACAUGUAUGAUUCUUACCAGUCUUUUUGUUAGAAAUACUAAUUUACAAUACUGGUGUUGAGAGAUUGUUAUUAAUCAAUCCAACUUACAAGUUAUUUAUGGUUAAAGUUUAAGCCACUAAUACGAUCUUUUAAUUGACAUAUUAUACAAGGAUAUGUGUUCUAAACUCAAUAAACAACCAAAACAAACCUCAACUUUCUCAGCCUCAUAUUCAAACAAUUUGAAAAAAGGAAAACAAUCAACUUUUAUGAAACUCUGACAUGCGACACAUGUCAAUUUAUAACUUUCCUUUUGCAUUGUAUCCUAAAAAAAAAUUUGAUUACCUAUUUUUAUUUACUAUAAUGAUUGAACUUGAGCACUAUAAACAUAAUCUUGAUAUCAUAGAUACUUACAAUGUGAAAAACUUUAAAAUCAGUAAAGGUAUAGUAUAUACUGGAGAUACUGAAUAUAUAAAUCCAAAAACAGAAGUAAAGAAACAUGUGUCUCCACUGUUGGGUGCUGCAAUGUACGGCCUAAAUAAUACGGCGGCUCCGUUGCCUGAAGACACAAAAUUUUUUGAUAUCUGGUCGGAUAUUGAUGCUCAAGAAAUACAUUUGAGCAAGAAGCCUACCUGUUACAUAAUAUUUGGAAAGUCAGGAUCUGGAGCAUAUAAUUUAGGAGAAGCAAUGGCUAAAAAGUUGAAUGUACUGCACUUGUGCCCAAAAAAUUUACUAGAGGAUGAAUUAGCUCAAGAGAGUAGCACAGGAAAAGCUUGGCAUUUUAAUAUGCGAAACAAUAAAGUUUGUCAAUUUAAUAUGAUACUGACUAUGUUGAAAAUUAAAAUGCUUUCUGAAGUAGUUCAACAUCGAGGUUAUGUAAUAUCAGGACUGCCUCUAGUAACCUGCCGUAGAAAUCCUCUUUAUUGUAUAGAUUCAUUAUAUAGUGAAGAAGCAUUUUUACAAAUAGAUGAAAUAUUGUUCGAUACAAUUCGUAAUUUAAACAAAAAUAAAUCCAAGGCAAGACAUCCGAAAUCGUCACCGUCUUCUAAAAGUAGUGAGUUCAUAACAGGAGAAGAUCAGGAAGACUAUGAAGGACAAGAAGAGGAAGAGCAUUUGGAAGAUCUUCACGCUGAAGAAGCCCUUGAAGAAGAAGACAAACCCGUCGAACUGCCGAUAUUUGAGCUAAACACUUGUUCCAAUAUUAUUUUUCAUGAAAAACCAUAUAUUAAAUCAAAACAAGCUGUUAUUUUCCAGCAGCUUCAGGAAUUAUUUAAUUUACCGCUCAAACCUGAUAUUCUUCUACAAAUUAACUGCCCUGAAAUGGAUUUAGUGAAAAUGAGAUCUUAUAGAUACCUUAACUACAAAACGGGUCAAAAUGCCAUCGAACCCUUUGUUUCGAAUUACGUCCAAGAACAAACUUGGCCUGAUGAAUAUACCAUGCAUGACUAUGAAAUUCCUCAUGAGAAUUAUAUGUUUCAUCCUAAAUACAAUUGCAAACCACCAGCGAAUUUCGAAAAGAAAGUUAUUGAACAAGUUUGUAGUUACAGAACUUAUGUGUUUCCGUAUUUGGAAAAGAAAUUUAAAGAAUUUGACCCCAAAAUGAUAAUUCAAUUAGACGGCCGUAUGCCGUGUGGUAAAAUGCUUCACAAUAUAAUGGAGAGAUUAAUUUUAUUGCCUACUCAACCAGUGAUUACGCCGACUCCUUUCUCCGAUGCGGCACCAGAAGAUAUGGAAGACUUUUGGGCGUCUAUAGAAGAAUCAAACGUUAUUCGUAGCGACAUUGUUAACUUCAAGUACUCUCCUUCUCCCUGGUUCAAUAGAUGUCCUGUAGAAUUAAAACUGAGACGAACAGUGCCAGGGUUAACAAAAUAUGCGGUUUACUACCUAAAACAUGUGUACCUACUAUCUUCACGUAAUAAUUUUAUUUCGUUUAUCAGGAACCCACGCCCUUAUUUAAAAAUAAAGUAUUUAGAACCAACUUGCAGAAUAAUAAUUCUAGGAACAAAAAGUUCUGGAAAAACCAUGGUCGCUAAUUGUUUAUCGUGGCUUUUUGAUGCUCCUAUUCUUGAUUUCCAAACGAUUUUAAAUAAAGAAAAAGAUAAAAUAUAUAUAACGGUGGCUCAACCUAUCCUAUCGGAAAUUAUAACAACUAUUGAAGACGCUCGUUUACUAAAAUGGCAAGCUGAUGAGUCAGAACGAUUAGAACAAUUUAAUAAUUGGUGUGAGUACACGUCACAGUUAUUAGAACAAUAUUUGCCUCUACUUGUCAAAAAAACAAAAUACGAAAAAAUUAAAGCCUACAGACUUGCCAAAAAAGAAAAAGAAUUGAAAGAAUACUAUGAACUAAGCGAAGAACUGAAAGAAGAAAUUGAGCAAGAAGAAGAAGAAGAAGUAGUAAGUGAUGUAGAAUAUAUGGAUGAAGAAAUGAAUUUGGAUUUCUUCGAAGAAUUUGACGAUCUUAGAACACAGCUUAGUUUUUUACCUAUAUUAGAUAGUGUACUCGAAUGCGAGAGUACUCUUGACGGGCAAAAUAUUUCACAAUAUGCACCUACAGAACUGAAUACAGAAACAAAAAAACCUUCAAUUCCUGUACUUGGUGAUGAAGAUGUAACUACAGCUAUAUCAAAUUAUAUUGCUGCAAAUGAACUAGAAAGCAGUCUCGAACCAACAGCUGAACAAGUAAUAAAUGAAAUAAACAAGCUCCUUACUGAAAUAGAUAACCAGUGUGCAGAAAAAACACAGUCGGAAGAACUUUAUGGGAAGUAUAUUCUAGAUGGUUUUUCACCUGAUCCAGAAUAUUGGUCAUACCUUAAUGAUAAAGUAUUCCCAGAUUAUACGAUAACUUUGAUUGAAAAUAGGGAAAUUGACGAAAAAUUAUGUGAAUAUUACAGCCAAAGUGACAGCCACAAUAAACAUUAUAACGCAACCAUCUUUUCUGCUAAAGAUCCACUUCUUCAAACAAAGCAGCGAGCUAUUAAUAUAUCACGAUUGGAACAGGCUGACAUUAAAAUAAUUUUGUAUAAUUUGGUAGAUGACGUUGUAGGAGCUGAAAUAAUGCCUCACAUUGAAAUAGAAUCAGAAAGUGAUUUUAUUGCAUCUUUUACCGAAGCUAUAGAAAAAUUUAGAGAAAACUGGGACAGCGCUAAAGUAAAUAUAGAAGACAGGUCAAAAGUAUAUAUUGAAAUAGAGCUUAAUAAUAAAACUGAUGUAGAAAUUAUCGAAGAAACUUUAAUGAAGCUACGUCAGUGUUAUCGUCCAACAGUUCAGACACAAGAAGACCAAGAAGUUGAUGAACCCACGGAUGAAGAUGAAAUUGAUGUCCCUCCAAAAGAUCUUCUUACUUAUAAUGACAGCCAAUUUUUGUGUGAAACCAAUAUAUACUGCCCAGUAGCUUAUUUUAAGUAUGGUAUACUAUGGGAAGGGAAGCCCGAAUUUUCUUUGAAGUAUGACAACAAAAUGCAUUAUUUUUGUAAAGAGGAAUUUUUAGAAAUAUUUAGUAAAGAUGUCACAGAAUAUCAAUACUACAAUAACCCGUUUAAAAAAAUACCUAAGUUAAAAAUUUGUGUUACAGGUCCCGUAGGUUGUGGGACAACAUCUGUAUCGCGGUUUAUAGCAAAAGAGCUAGGUUUGUUACAUAUUGAUUAUGUACACUUCCUUACUGAAUAUUUAAUGCCAAAACAUUUCAAAAAGGUUGGAUUUAAAAACGAAAACAUGUUCACUGACGAAGUUAUUGAUGAUGAAGGAGUAGUAGAAUUUCAAGUGGACGAGGAAGGAGAGAAUCAGUCCACUGAUGUCUUGUGGAACGAAAAAGAAAUGUUACGAAUGUUAAAUAAUCACUUCGAACGCGGUGGUUCUAUUUUACCCAUACUUAUGCAAAAAAUGAUUCAAAAAAUAUGGCAUGAUCCUAGUAUGAAUAUGGGCUUUGUUCUUGAUGGUUACCCUAAGUUAGCCAAUGAUAUUGAAGACAUGAUGACUCAUUAUGGAAUACCUGACAUGGUUAUAGACUUACAAUCUAGUGUAGAAGUCUCAUUUGAUCGACUUGGUCCAGGAAUGUUUAAAAAAUGGAAAGAACAACAAAAUGAAGCUAAAAAGAAAGCUGCAGUUAAAUUGGACAACGAACGAAAACAAUGGAUGCACAAUAUAACAAAAGAAAUUGUAGUAAAACUACUAAUCGAAGAAAUUUUCGACACUAUGUUUGCCUUCAAAAGUGAACAGGGUUUAAAUGUCCAUAGUGCGAUAAUGGAUGCCGACCCUUCGGGUGAUAUAAACAUUGAUCCUUUGCUAUUUAAAUUAUAUAAUGAAAUGGUGCAAGAGAAUCCAGAGCCUAGCGAUACGAACGUGUGGGAAAGUAAUGCUGCAGCUCGUGAAAGAAUGCAAGCCAGGUUGGAAGGAAUAUAUGAAACAGAGGAUGAAAAUUUGCAGUCUUUAAAACAAGCUUUAUUGGAACAUAAAAUUAAGACGGUUACAAUUGACGCGACAAAACCGUUACAAAAAGUCAUUAGAAACGCAUUGACUUCGCUAACACACCUUCGAAAUAGAAACGAAUCAUUUUUUGAACAAACAUUUAUAGUUUCUCUCGAUGUUGCUGAAAUGUUACUUUUAAGGGGAUUUUACUUUUUGAGCAAAUUCAACCGACUUUGCCCCGUUUAUAUUUUUGAGAAUCCGCGGGCAGUUCAAAACUCAUAUAAAAUCAGUAAAGUCCGGGGAACUCUUUAUGCCGUUAUUCAUAGAACUUAUAUAUAUUAUUUAAGUAACGCAGAUAGCGUAAUCAAGUUUAGAAAUAAUCCACUAAAAUACAUAAUUGCUGAUGCAGUCAAUUCCUACUUCGAAUAUCCCCUGAGGAUUGGUAUCAUAGGAACACCUAAAUCAGGAAAAAGCACAUUAGCUGCUCGACUGUCUAAAGAAUUUGGUCUGAUAUGCUUAUCAAGAGGAAACUCUGUGAGAAGUGUAUUGGAACAUAUGCAUUGGACGGAACUGGCUUGCCAAAUGAGGAAGGCUCUUUCAAAAGGCAAGGAAAUUGAUGAUAACCAAAUUGUACAAUCUGUACAAGCACUGGCUAUUGAUCACCGAACGGAGACUUACGGCUACGUGACGGAUGGUGUCCCUGCCAAUCCUUACCGAGCUCAAGGCUAUGUCAAAAAUGGACUUUAUCCUAAUAUCAUUUUCGAUAUUUGUUCUUCUAAAGAAAAAUGUUUACAGAAUUCACAAAACGAAAUAUAUAAUGAUAUUCUGAAACACAUGCCACCUUACCCCUGUCCACUUAUUGAAAUGAGAUACGACAGUUGGUCACUAAGACAACACAGAAUUCGGGAUUGGAUCGCAGAGGACUAUCAAAACCUAUAUGUUCUUAAUGGCACUAAUAGCAAGUGGCACGUUUUCAAGCAAGCAAUUAAUCACCUAACACAGUUAAAUAAUAAGAUUCAUUAUUACGUACUUAAUGUUGAUAAGACCAUUGUGCACGCUAUUUGCAUUUCGAAUGCGGCUUUCGAAGAACGACAAUCCCAGUAUAAAACAUUAUGUCCAGUUUGUUUUCAUAAAAAAAUAUACAAGCACAUGGGAAACUUUUUCGGCGGGAAAACGGGUGUUGUUCAAUACAAGAAUAAAUUUUAUUGGGUUUGCUCUGAACAUAUGGAAUUAGUAAUGUCGUUCCCACAUUGUUAUUUGACAGAUAUUGAAAUAGAAAUUCCUGAAUUACCAGCUGUAAUCGAUAUAGUCAAUAUAGAUUAUAUUUAUGAAAAUGGAGUUUGCGUUGUAACAUACGCUGAAAAUUUACCUGCACAAAUAAUAAAUAUUGGCACAAACGAAUUUGCUGCAAGUUACGCUGGAAAAAUGUACUUAUUCUGUAGUAGGUCAUGCCUGAGUAAAUUUUUGUGUAAACCAUACUUGUAUAACGAUAUUACUAUUUUUAAAGAAGCAAGGAAAUUUCCAAAACUUACUUUAAAGCAGCUGCCUAAUAUUGGCUACUUGGAGCAAACAUUGGGUAAUAUGCUCACAGAAGCGUGUUGUUCUGUAAAUGUAGUCAGACCUAAGUAUCCAGGUCUUAGUUUCCAAACGUCUGCGUUGAUUUAUAUUGCAUUGUUCCUGAAGACGCACAACCAUCUCACAUCUAAAAACAUCAAAGAAAUGUAUAUUAAAUGUUUAAAAAUAUUUGAAGCCAGAUGUAAAUUGAUGUUAAGUGUAGGACUGCGCUUAAGAUCAAUGGAUAAUCCGUUUGCGACCUACCCUAAAUGUCACCAUAGAGAACCGACCCUUCAUCCGCCCCAACAAAGUGACCCGUACUUAUCUUCAUCGCUUAUACAGACACCUUCACUUUUGCUUCAAAGAACGUCAAAUUAUGUUCAAAUUCACAAGCCUUCGUUCCUUACUGCGCAAAAGGUACGUUCGGGGAUAAGUAGUCAAAUGGAAAGAGACUAAAUAAACUAAGCAAAACAUGUGUAAUAUUAAAUACACAUAUAAUUGGGUAGUUUCCAGGGUUACAAAUUAAAAAUCUAAUUAGU